AAACACUUCAGAGCAAUCUAAUAAGACAAGUUUCCGAUGAGAAACUAAGAAGUCAUAUACUACAUCAGUGGAUGCCAACCGUUUGAUCAUGGAUCCUAUAGAAGAAAAUGUGUUCUUAGAGGAACAUAUGAAAGUUACUUUCAGUGUCAUGAACGAGUUACGAAAAAAGAAGGAACUAUGUGAUGUCGUUCUUCACGUAGGAGACCUGGAAAUCUACGCUCACAAGGUUGUCUUGGCUUCAUUUAGUCCAUAUUUUUACGCCAUGUUUACGAGCGACGUAUUGGAAAGUCGCCAAAACAGCAUAACACUAAAAUCGAUGGAUCCGAAUAGUGUGGAACUUUUGAUCGAGUUCGCUUACACAGCGCAGAUUCGAAUCACUGAAGAAAAUGUUCAAGACGUGCUACCGGUAUCCUGUAUAUUACAAAUCUGUCCCGUUAAAAAAGCCUGUUGUGACUUUAUACAAUCGCAACUUGAUCCAUCGAACUGUAUCGGUAUAAAGGACUUUUCAGAGAUUUAUGGCUGUUUGGAUUUAAGUAAAGCAGCAGAAAAGUUUAUUUUUCGCCACUUUUUACAAGUCUCAGAAAGUGAAGAAUUUCAAACCUUGCCCGAGGACCGCUUGGUCGACUUAAUAAGUCGAGAUGAACUUUUUGUGAAGUCGGAAGAUGAGGUGAGGUUUGAAUCAAUGAUUAUCUCAUCCUUUGACUCUCUGCAUUGACCUUUUUAGACCCUAACAUCAGUAUGCAUAUUCUCCAUACUGUUCUCUGUACAUUUCCUAAGGUGCUAACAAAGAGAAUUUUUUUAAAGAUAUAAAUCUUUUUUUUUUGAUAAACAUUUCCCUUAUCCAUGUGACCUAAUACUAUGUGACUGAGGGGGGAUAUUGUAAGGAGAAAAUAGAUGUUAGUCACUGUAAAGGGUGAAAGAAUUCAGUAAAUUUCAGUGAGGCAAAUACAUAAAGUAUCAGUUGACUUAAAAAAUGAUUCAUAUCAAAUUCUUAAAUUAUUAUGGUCAUCUACUAGGUUCUUGCAGCCUUGUUACGAUGGGUAACUCAUGAUCUGACGAACAGAACACAGGAACUGAAGGAUCUACUGAAACAUAUACGAGUGCCUUUUGUUUCAAAUUCUUACCUUAACUCGAUCAUCCAGUGUUGUGAACAGGGCAUGAGAUCUGCGUUUAAAGAAACAUUGAUUGAGGCCUUCUCAGUGAGUAUUUUAAAGUAUGAUUUUCCUAUUUACUUAACCUCCAGGAAUGACUUCUCUGGAUUCUUUGCUGAGUUGUGAUAACUAUAUGUACUAGAUAUCUCUCACAUUAUAAUGGACCUGUCCAAUACCCAUGCCACAAGCACCUAUACCAGAGUUCAGACCAAAACAGCUCAAAAAUCACACCCUUUUGGAGGGAUUACACCAUAAAAUAUACAGGAGUUUUUAAUUAAUAACUUUUUCCAUAAACUGCUGGCAAUGGUGUAACUAAGGCAGCUCUCUCCGGAAAAAGGGCUGUUAGGCAAAACCCAAACAUGACAGCUUGCUUGCAAGCUAAACAGAUUGUCAUGAGAGAUCUUUGCUAUUAUUAUUAUAGUUUCCAUCUGGCUAAUGACUAAAACUUUCAUGAUGAAUAUACUUUAUUGAGUAAAAGUGCUUUUGCCUAGAAAUUACAGACAUGACAAGUUCACAGAAAAACAUUAUUUGGAUCUGAAAAAAUUUCUAAUAAAAUGUGACUGUGAAAUAACUCUUUAGAUGUAAUGAGCUGAAAUUAAUUUAGCAUUUUAGUUGGACUUGUUGCCUGUGGUGGAUGGAUAUCUCUUGACAGGCCAAUUACUUCUCUCUGUGCAGGUCUAAUAUAGGUUUGUCCCCUAACUACCCCAACAAAGGGUGGGGUAAUUUUCCUUAAAAGAUCAAACCUUUGAAGUCUACAAGUCAUAAGUCCUUUAUUCUGAGGUCAGUAUACUACCCCUCUUAUAUUUGUGAAUGUUGCAAACUGAGUCAUUAAAAGUCAUUUAUUAAUUUGCAGGAAAAAAAGAGAAUUUCUACUCUUAGUACAUUUCACAAACGACGACCCCCUGGUCCAACUGUGAUGUACUUUGCAGGGGGGUACUUAAGAAGAUCUCUGGAUGUUUUGGAGUGUUUUGAUCCUCUGACUCUCAAAUGGACAAUUCUCUCCCCUCUAUCUGUGCCUAAGAGUGGUCUUGGGGCAGCUUAUGUUGGUAUGAUAAAUACUGUAUUAAGAAGAUAGAUAGAUAGAGAUAUAGAUGACCUUUAUUUAUACCCAAUGGUAAUUUGUUAGUGACAAGCUUGUAAGGUCAUGUGAAAGUAACAAGCUUCUUGUAAAUUCUCAAUUAUCAAAGGAAUAUAUUAUUCAUUUGUCAUGUAGGACAAAGAGAAAAGUUUGAGUCUUCCAAGGAUUCAAUUUUCAGACUGACAGAUCUUAUGGUUCAGUUCUCUACCACUGAGCUGCAGUGAUUGUAGCUAGGCAAUAAAUCAGCUUUACCUGCAUUCCUGAUUCCAGCAGAAUCCAGGAAACUUGUUAUACAUAGAUGAAGUAUAUUGUCUUGAAGCUCAAUGGUAUUUUGCUGAACUCCAGAUCAGUAAAGAGUUUGUAUUAGAUCCUGGUUUACACAAUGCCAAUCUCCUCCUGUCUCCUAUACACAGCCUUUUAACUUUGUUGUGAAAACUGAGUGUGAUAUCAAAUGAUAAUCCCCUUGUUGAUAUUUUUUACUAUUCUCAUCACUUGCCAAAUUGAUAUUCUAUUGAUAAUAAAAAGAGAAAAAAUGUCUCGAUCACUCCUGGGAGUGGAAUAGUUAACUGAUAGGUAAACUUUGGUUGCAUCAAGCUACAGAGACCUAAGCUCUGCCAGCUGACCCUUUGACCCCUAAGAGUGAUUAACACCUAAGUUCUCCCUACAAUAUCUCCUGCUGAAUCACACAUUAAGCUCAUGAGAAUCAAGGAAAUGAUCAUUAACUAAAGAAACUCUUGAUUGUUCAAUUCUCCUUACCAGUACUAGAAGAAAUGUAUAGAGAACAGUAUGGAGAAUAUGCAUACUGAUAUUAAGGUGUAAAGAGUUAAAUAAUUCAGUCUUGUAUGUUGACUCAGUCAUUAGCAUAACCCUCCAUUUGCAGAUAACAUGCUGUAUAUAAUUGGUGGUCGCAACAACACCCCAGCUGGGAACAUAGACACACCUUCCGUAGACAGGUAUGAUCCUCUGCGAGAUGAGUGGAAGCCUAUGGCACCCCUCAGUGUACCACGCAACAGGUUGGGCGUGGCAGUGGUAGAUGACUGUAUUUAUGCAAUUGGUGGAGGAAAUGGGAACACAUGUCACACAUCAGUGGAGAAAUAUGAUGUCAAACAAGAUGAAUGGACAACAGUUAUGUCACUUAAUUUUCCUCGCAUAGGUAGGUUUUGGGCAAGGUUGUAGAUUAAUACACCUCUCCAAAACUGGAACUGUUUGGGUAACCAGUUGGCAAGAGGAAAAAAUCUGUUGCUCAAAUUUGUAGAAAAUGUCACCAAUUUGGCCACAUGUUUGCAUACAACACUAUCAGAGUUUCAUUUUCACUUUUUUCUGGUGAAUAGUUUGUCUUGUAAUUACCAUUUUUAUUGUUAUUAGUCUGUUGUUUGGCAACUUUGAAUAAAAUAAAAAAAGGGGGCCUGUUAAAAAAAUGUUGUCACGGCUUUUCAGCAAUAUUUUUGUUGAAUUCAGUCACCAUAUUAUUGAAAUUUUCUUACUCUCAGUCCUUUCCUUUGGGGGUCAAGUGUUUGAGCUGCUUUUUGUGCAUUGAAAAACUAAAUUUGGCUCAAAAAUACCGAAAUGUGCUUAGUAAUGUAGGAAUAAAACAAAAGAGGGAAUAAUAAACCAAGUACAAGCCAGUAUGGCCAAGGAUGGAGUAGAUCGACACAAAUUGUAAAUGACUAUGAAAUAUUAGUUUAGAAAGAUAGAAAAACACAAAAAAGGCGAUAAGAAACCGGGAAGGAAAAAGAGUAAAAGAGGAUGGAGAAGAUUGUAAAUGACUGCAAAAUAUUAGUUUAUUAAGAUAGAAAAGCACAAAAGAGACAAUGAUAAAUGAAGUCUGGAACUAGGAUGGCCUAAAAAAACUUUGAAAAUUUUGGCCAAGGAGAUGCACAUUCUCUUUUUCAAGUGCUGUAACGGAUGCUGUUUUUUUUUCGCUAGGUGUAGCUGUUGCUGUACUUGAUAGAAAGCUUUAUGCCGCAGGAGGAUUUGAUGGAAGACACAGGCUCAGGAGGUAAGAGAAUGUUAAUAGUUGUUUGAGUGUGAUGUUGUUUUUCACGAAGUAAGCGCAAAGUAAGCCUUCGCUUUAGUGUAAGUUGUUUUUAUCCAGUGAAUGACACUAGUAUGCUGUAAUGUUCCUAAUAAGAGUCGAUAAUACAACCUUGCGAUCAGCACUCCAUAUGCUCUACCACUUAAUGAACUGUAGGAGAUUUGUGGUAGGCAGUUUAACAAAGUCCUUGAUGAUAAACUUCCUGCAUACUACAAACUAAGAUAGGAAUGUCGAUAUGUAUGCGUUAUUGACCAAGCUUGCUCGGUCUAGAUGGCUAGAAAUCGGCCAAGUUGUUUUUCUUUGCGUUUUUCUGGUUUGACGAAGUCGCCCAGGUAGCAAAUUAGAACUCAGGAUUCGCUUCAUAUAAGCAGUAUAAUAACUAAUUCUUCUGCACAAUGAUGAAGUCGUGCGUGUUUCCUUUUUUGGGGAUUAAAACCAAAUGUAGUCAAAGACAUCUUUACAUACACUCUCGUGAGUGGACAGGUGUAUUGGUUGAAAGCUCUGUUAUUCGAGAGUUACGUUUGUUGCUUCGCUGUUAUUCCAAAGAUCUCUUUACAUUCACUCAUGAGUGGACAAGUGCAUUGGCUAAAAGCUUUGUUACCGUAAAGUCUCGUUCGUUGCUUCGUAGUAGUACUUUGUUUUCAAAUGGAUGGUAGUUCUCUACCACCCUCUGAUGUGAUGAUAAUUAAUUAGAAAAGACUAAUCCUUUCAUGCUUAGACCCUUUAUCAAGCUCCCCUGGAAGAUAUUUUCUAGCCCUUUAUCCACGCACCCUUCCCACCCCCCACACCCGUUCAUUUUGAAAAGGGACAUGUUCUUCUGAAUUUCAUUUCAGCGUUGAAUGUUAUGACGUGGAUACUGAUCUGUGGAAAUUAGUGUCUCCGCUGGUCGAGCGUCGUAGUGGCGCAGGAGCAGCCUCGUUGAAUGGCUUCGUGUAUGCUAUCGGUGGAUAUGACGGCGAAACACAACUAAAUAGUGUUGAACGCUAUAGCCCAGCCUCGGACAUAUGGAUAACUGUUUCGCCUCUGAUACACAGGAGAAGUGCACUUAGCGCGGCUGUUUUGUGCGGGAAACUUUAUGUAGUCGGAGGUUAUGAUGGAGAAGGGUUUUUGAACACUCUCGAGGAAUACGUCCCUGAACAAGAUUGCUGGAAGUUGGUUAGCAGUAUGAACCUGGGACGUAGCGGAGCGGGAAUUGCAGUAGGUUGGAAACCUGCCACCUAGAGCCCCUUUGGUUGAGGCUCAAAAAGUAAUCAAUGAUUGCAUAGGUUUUGCUUUUCCCCGCGCUGUGAUUGGCCCGGAAAACUCUUGCCAACCUCUCAACCAAUCAAAUGCGGCAUUAAAACCAGUCACGACUCGGUCACUCGCGUUUUCCCGCCCAAAGUGGCGAUUGCAUGUGACAAUUUUGCGUUCUCAUUGGCUUCGUUCGACUGAGGGUUCUUUUUUUCCCUUGAGUGUCGAAUCCCUGGGUAGCAGUGGGUUCUU